GCCAAGAUGGCGGAUAAACAAGAUCUUGGAAAGGCUUUCAUGUCUUACAAACAACCACGUUGCUGAGAAAAGUAGUAAAACAUUUGAAUUAUAAGACUUUUAAAAAUGCGUAUUAAGAAACCGAAGCGACCAACAACACCUCCUUCGGAAGAUGAAGUCGAUGACAAUUUUGUUGUGGAUCCAGAUCAAAUUUUCGAUGAAUUGCCUCAACCAUUCCGACUUGUUGACAAAACUUUGAGGCAAAUUUUCGACGCUGCUUGGGAGCGUAUUGAAUGCAUUGAAGAACGAAAGGCAUUGAAGCGCUCCAAAGCGGUAUUGCCACUGUUUGACCUUGCAAAACAGCUGUCUGAGUACAACGGGACGACUUGCAUUUGCACGGCCGCCGAAGGAAAUUACUUGUUUAUUUCUAAUACUAAUAGAUUUUUAGUGGUAGACAGUUUGUUAGACACUGUAGUUGCUUCCUACGAAGAAUUAGAAGAUAACACUGUACAAAUGUCAGCCUGCUGCCUACAGGAAGGAUGUUUUCUGAUUUCAACCUUGGAUGAUGUAGGAUGUGCCAAGCUCUUCUGUUUCACUGGAGAUAAGGUUCAUCUCAUAAAAACAUUCAGUGAGCCGGAAGGUAUAAGCAAGCAGGCCAUAGUAACCCUUGUUGACAUAAGUCAAGAUGGGGGAUACAUUGGAGUUGGGUGGAAAGUUCCAAUGAAAGAGAGUUGGGUGGAAAUCUAUAAAAUUCCCAGAGAGACAUGGAUCAAGGAAUUGGAAACAGCCAUGGCAGCUGCAGUUCGCUCAAGGAAACCAACAUUAGCAGAAUCAUCCGCACCAGAUUUGGAGGAAAUUGCUGCAGCAGAACAGCUCCUUAAAUCCACUGAGGAUCAAGAACCACCUGAAGGAACGUCACCUUCAGGGUCAAGACCAAGCUCAGCUCAGGCAGGACAGCAUCAACCUGGCCUGUCAGUUAUCUCCUUCACCAAACCAGCAGCUGUAUUACGAGUGCGACCGCCUGCUCCAGUGGGCCCUUGUGCAGCCACUAACUGUUCAGCAGCCUUGAAAGCUACUGAUGCAGAGGGUAAUGUCAUUGGUACUGGUUCAAGCCAUGUGCUAAUGACGCAGUUUUUUGAGAAUUAUGACAAAGCAUUCCAGCAGCUUCACAAGGAGGAGUUAAAAUAUCUGAACAUUGAUGACCAGGAUUUGACAAGCUUCCCAAGAUUACACUUCUUGGCACCUAGCAGGUUAAUUCCUUCAGGAUUGGAGUCUGCACCUAGUAAAGUUAACUCCUUAGCAGUGUGGUGGUCAGGAGGUACUCAGUUAUAUAUGUAUUCACUUGUCAAGAAUGCUAAAGAUCUUGAACACAAGCCAGACAUAGUAUGGCCUCACUCAGAAAAGAUUAUCACUAGUGCAGUCAGUGAAUGUGGCUGCUUUAUGGCUUUGGGUCUCAACACAGGAACUGUUGUUGUUUGGGAUGUCUAUAGAGGCACUCUGUUGAGGGUCUGUCCCAUCACUGAGAAAGGAAGAAUACUUGUCCUGUGCUUUUUGACAAGCAAUGAAGGCCUCAUCACAACUCAGGGUAAUGAUUUAUCGCCAUCAUCAGCAUCAUCUUGUGCCAAUCUCAUUGUAAGCUGUGAUGAUGGGACAUUCUGUCUCCUGCAAUGUGGAGUUGCUCUGUCACACUCAGCUAAACCCCUCGAGGACAGAUCUGCAGUAGACAAGGAGGUCAUUACCAAUGUUGUCAAUAUGUCUCAGACACCACAAGUGGUUGCUGCUGUUGUAAUGAGUGGACGAAUUACUAUGUACGAUGUUUGUAGCUGUACAGCAAUAUGUCAUGUUGGGCUGCCCGAGUCUUAUCUGCUCUCACCACAGCUGCCAUGUAUCUGUGCUAACGGCAAGGUCUUAAUUUUGAUUGGUGCGCAAAGUAAUGGAGAGAAUCAAGAAGCAUUGGACAGAGAGACAACAGUGCCGUUUUCUUACAAUCUGCAACUCUUCCCUACCCUGAAAAAAUACUGGAGAGAAGAUGUAACCUCUGAGGUGUCGCCUCCAAAGCAAACUGAUACUAUCGAAGCAAGGCUACAUUCUCUCAUCCAGGGAAGACUUGUUAGCCAAGAAGACAGGCAGAUGAGACUUCAACAGCGAUGGGCUCAGUAUCAAACUGAGCUGAAGAAUAUCCACAACAACAAGACGAGGAGAAAUUACUCCACAUGGCUGACGGCAAAAUCUGUGAGUGUUACAUGAGGACAUCACGUGAGGACAUUACAUGAGGACAUUACAUGAGGACGUUAUCAGGGGAAUAGAUAGCUUUUGCAAUCUUGAUCGUUGUCACAGUACCGUGACAUUCUCAGAAAUUUCACUUGUGUGCGAAUUGCAGUGUAAGCUGGCCAACAGAAUUUUAUAUCUCUGACAGAAAGGAAUUUGAGAAAGUUCCAUGACAAAACUAUGCACAGUAAGUGCGAGAAAAAUAGAUAAAUACUCAGGACGCAAAAUUUAUGCAGGACAAUGUGAGAAGUGUUUACUAGAAUAUAGUAGUUACUUAUUUCUGUUCCACCACACAAACUUUC